AUGAUUCUCAACCUGUCUUCCGCGCUUUUUGCCUCAAGCGCUCUGGCAUUGAGUAUGCCUCGAGAUAUCAAAAACCCGGUCUAUGAGUUUCCGUCUAGUGUUACUCCCGAGCCCAUCGAAGUUAAAUUCGAUGACAAUCUCAUCAACCAAAUGAUCCAAAAAGUACGUAGCUACCGACCAUCAAAGGGAUUUGACGAAGGCUGGUCCGAUGAAGGGCCAUCUGAGAGCAUUAUCUCGGGCCUUUCCAGCUUCUGGGCGGAUCACUAUGACUGGAGAGCCACCCAAAAGGAAAUCAACGACAACUUCACCCAUUACGCCGUGACAGUCCCUGGCAAUAGAGACUAUCACGAGCCCAUCCCGCUUCAUUUCGUUCAUCACCGAUCUGAUGCCAGCAAUUCCACCCCUCUUCUCCUGGUACAUGGUUGGCCUUCUUCACAUCUGGAAUGGGCCAAGGUUAUUGGGCCUUUGACGCAAAAGGGCUAUGACGUGGUGGCUGUUGAUCUUCCAGGAUUCGGAUUCAGCCCUGCUCCCACAAAGUCUGGUAUGGGGCCACGGGAAAUGGGAGGGGCAUUUGAUUCUCUUAUGCUGCAGCUCGGAUACGACAAGUAUGGCCUUGUGUCUACAGAUCUGGGAUGGAUCGUUGGCAUGUGGAUGGUCAAUGACAGCAGUAACAUCAUUGGUCACUUCACUGAUUUCUACUGGCCCGAAGUAACUCAAGAUGACCUCGACCGACAAGCUAAGAAUGAGACAACGCCUGAAGAGAAUGCCUGGAUCAACAGCUCGGUUGCGUGGGCGAACUCUCAUUCAGCAUACUCGACCUUGCACGUACAGAAGCCUCUCGCCGCAGCACUCACAAUGGCCGAUAGCCCGGUGGGUUUUGCUGGUUGGAUGUGGGAUCUCACGCGCACCGCCAAUGAUGGAUACGCCGAUGAUUUCCAGGACAUCAUCACGGACGCAUUGAUGCUUUGGUUCCCGGGACCGUUUGCCAAUAUCCGCUCGUACCGCACCAUCUACACCAUGCGCAACUUCCCAAGGACUGAGGUGCCUACCGGAUACUCUGCCUGGGGGUUUGCACACGGUCCUUUCCCAGAGAUCAAGGAUAUUAACUUUGCGCCGAGGCAUGUUAUCGAGAGAGCAGCGAACUUAGUUUCCUACAACCGACACGAGAGAGGCGGUCACUUCCCUGCUAAGACUGAACCCGAUCUGUGGCUUGCAGAUGUAGAGCAGUUCUUCUCUGGGUUGUAG